UGGGUGACACACUAUGAGAAGCUCCAAUUUCAAUAAAAAAAUUCACUUCAAUUGCAUAAAUAAUUAAAACCGAAAAACGAGUUGACUCGUCCGCAUUAAUUACGCCCGUAAAACAUUUUGAAAAUUCCACCUACGAUUUUAAACGUGACAAUCCCAAAAAAUUUUCCCCCGAAAUAUCAUCAACCAAUUACAUUAAUUGGUAAAUCAAUCAAUAACUCAGUAUUAAUAUUUCAAAAAUUCGAAUUCACAUGAGAAAUUAUUUUUUUUUCAAAUGUAAAUUCCAGAGUCGUUUUUUCAUAAAAUUUUUAUCGUGAUAAAUAGGCAUUCCUUGUUGUCGACAGCUUAAAAGUUUCGAGGUUGAACAGUGGAGGUACCGAUCUUUUUGCCCUCUGCACGAUGAAAUGUUACUACGAAGUUCUCGGAGUUGUCCGAGAUGCAAGCGACGACGACCUGAAGAAGUCCUACCGCAAGCUAGCCCUGAAAUGGCACCCUGACAAGAACCUUGAUACGCCAGUCGAGGCGAAAGAGCAGUUCCAACUUGUCCAACAAGCUUAUGAAGUGCUGUCAGAUCCACACGAGCGUUCGUGGUACGACAAUCAUCGAGAAGCGAUCCUCAAAGGUGGAAUCGGGGAGAACUACAAGGACGAGUCGAUAGAUCUCUUCCAGUACUUCUCCCCAAGCUGCUUCAAGGGUUACAACGAUGACGAGAAAGGCUUCUACAUGGUCUACAGACAUGUCUUCGAGACCCUAGCAGCUGAAGACGCGGAAUUCGCGAGGGACGGGGAAUCCGACAAUGAAGUUCCGAAUUUUGGGGAUUCCCAGAGUUCCUACGACGACGUGGUGCAUCCAUUUUACGCCUAUUGGCAGAGCUACACGACCAGGCGAUCGUUUGCAUGGCUGGAUCCAUACGACAUCCGUGAAACACCGAAUAGAAGAGUUCUCCGUCUCGUCGAGAAGGAGAAUAAAAAAGUACGGGACAAAGCGAAACGCGAGAGGAACGAGCAAGUGCGUAAUCUCGUGGCGUUUAUCCGAAAACGAGAUAAAAGAGUUCAGGCGCAUGCCCAGAGGCUCGCAGAGAGGGCGCUAGAAAAUACGAAAAAAGCGAAAGAACGUCAGAGGCAGCAGCUCCUGGAGCGACAGCGGGAGCUGAAGGAUCACAAGAUUUCGGACUGGUCCAAGUUCUCGAAUAUCGAGUCCGAGUUGAAACACAUCGAGGCUGAUCUUGCUGCGGAGUUCGGUGAAGAGAUCUCGGGGGAUGAGGAUGAUGAGGACGAGGUCAUUGACUCUAAUGCACUGUACUGCGUGGCUUGUAACAAGAUAUUCAAGACUCAGAAGGCUUUUAGUAAUCAUGAGAAUUCGAAGAAACACAGGGAUAAUGUUGUGACCAUGAAGAUUGCGAUGGUCGAGGAUGAUGAGACAUUUGCCUACAGCGAUGAUGGGGAGAAGAACUCUGAUGGGGAUGAUUCCAAGGGUCAGGCGUGUGAGGGGGUGAAUUCGGGGAAGGGAGCUCGGUUGGCGACUGGACCGGAAAUGCCGGAUUUUUUGAUCAAUCCUCGAAGCGUCAACGAUGAUGAAGACGAUGGGAAAGCCUCUGACGGAGAGCUCGUAUCGGAUUCUGAUGACGAUGAUAAGGAAUCAAUUAGAAAUCGAAAGAAAAAUACGAGGGAGUGCGUCGUUGAGCCGCAAAUGGAUACGAGUGGAUAUAUUUUUCCGGGAAGCGAAGAGGUGAAGAGCGAAGAAGCCGAUGCGUCUGAGGGUGAGUUGAUAUCAGAUCAGGAAGACGAGGAAAUGCUGGUGACAAGCAAAAAAAAGAAGAAGAAAGGAAAAACGAUUAAGAGUCCGGUUGUUGAUGGAAGUGAUGAAGAGUUCGAUCUUGAUGUUGGGUUGUCCAAGAAGCAGAGAAGAAAGAGGCAGAACAGGGAGGAUCUGUUGAAGAAGAGAGAAGAGAAAGCUGGUGAGGAUCAUGAUGAUGAUGAAAAAAAAACUCAAGAGGUUGCACAGCCGACUCCUUCGGAAGGGAAUUCUACACCGGCAGCGAGGACUAAAGGGAAGAAAGCGAAGGAAUUGAGGAAGACGCAGAAACAAACGGACGUCAAAGUCAAAGCUGAACGGAGUAAAAAGGAAGGACAGCCUUCUGACGUUCCUGAUGUCGAGCACUUUUGCGUGACCUGCAAAUCAGAAUUUUCAAGCAAAAAUAAGUUAUUCGAUCAUCUGAAGAAAACCGGGCACUCGGUUUACUUACCGUCAUCUGUGAAGUCGAAGAAAAAUAAUGAGAAGAAGGGGAGGGCACGGGAGAGGGUCGAUAGCGAUAGCCAAUGAGAUUCUCGUUUUGUAAAUAGAUCGACAUUGAUUGGACAGGAGUGAGAAAGAGGUCAAGAUGAUCAAUACCAUUCAUGCAGCUACACAUCACAG